GACCAAGUCAUCGUGGUCAACUGUCUUUAACGCGUACUCUACCCCACUUCUUCACUCGGAUUAAGGCUUAUCAAGGAAGUAUAUUGCAUCGAACGCGGGCCCGAGAGGGACCUGCAAUGACUCGCAAUGACUCUUGAACUACCCAACAUGCAUGAACCAGCUAAUGGAUCAAACGAUUACCAUCUGGAUGUUCUAGGACAACAUACAUUAAUCGAUGUGUAUACGCAGAUAUGCUUAUGCUUUACAGUGCCCGAUGCUUCUUCGCAUUCAGCAAUCAUCGCCACCUUGACGAAUGGUCUCGAGCGGCUGUCCGCGAGCUUUCCAUGGAUAGCGGGCCAGCUCGUCAACGAAUCUUCAGGAGGGGCUUCAGGCAUCUUCAAGAUCAAACCAUUGGAAAAAAUUCCUCGUCUAGUCAUCAGAGACCUCAGAAAUGACCCCUCUAUACCAACGAUGGAUGCCCUCAAACGAGCCGACUUCCCCUUCAGCAUGCUGGACGAAAACGUCAUUGCACCUCGCAAAACGCUAUCAGAAAGCUCCGACAUAAAACCUGUCUUCCUCCUCCAAGCCAAUUUUAUCACUGGCGGCCUCCUGCUCACCAUCCUCGCCCAGCACAACAUAAUGGACAUGAUUGGCCAAGGCCAGGUCAUGGAUCUCUUCUCAAAAGCUUGUCGCAAUGAACAAUUCACAAGCGAAGAAUUAUCAUCUGGCAACGUUGACCGCCGCAAUCUUGUCCCCUUACUCGAUGAUUCCUACAAACAGGGCCCCGAGCUCGCGCACCAGAUUAUGAAACCCAAUUCCAACGACCCAGAACCAACACCUCCCCCUCCAAAGUGCACCUGGUCCUACUUCAUCUUCGACCCUACCUCGCUCACCGCUCUAAAAUCGAUCGUUUCAAAAACCAUCACUUCAGGCUACAUAUCCACCGACGACGCUCUCACCGCCCUUAUCUGGCAAUCAAUUACCCGUGCCCGCCUCCCCCGCUUAAAUGCCUCAGUGGAGUCAACAUUAUCCCGCGCUGUCGAUGUACGACGGUAUUUGGGUAUCUCGGAGACGUACCCGGGUCUUAUGCAGAAUAUGACGUAUCACACGUACACGCUUCAGAAGCUGGUUGAGGAGCCGUUGGGUGGUGUCGCAUCAUAUCUUCGUGCGGCUGUAGACCCCAAAACAUCGAGCCUAGCGUACGACACCCGUGCCCUCGUAACCUUCGUCGACCGCACACCGGACAAAAACGCUGUCUCUUUUACAGCGACGGUUGACCAAUCAUCAGGAAUCAUGCUCAGUUCGUGGGCGAAGAUAGAUUGUUAUAAUCUCGAUUUCAACCUUGGGUUGGGUAAACCUGAGGCUGUGCGGAGACCGCAAUUUGACCCCUGCGAGAGUUUACUAUAUUUCAUGCCUAAACGGCCGGACGGCCAGAUUGCGGUUGGGAUUUGCUUGAGGGAUGAAGAUAUGGAUAGGUUGAGAGCGGACAAGGAAUUUACAAAGUAUGGGAGGUAUGUCGAGGAUGGCUGAGGGCCGUCUGAUCGAGUAGAAAAGAACGGAUAACUCUGACAUGGUAGCUUGAAGGUUGGCCAGCAAUAUGAUUUGUGGAACGAAUCUAGUAAGUAGGAAGAUGUAGUUGGUUAGGAUGAUGUAUGCGAAUGUGUGCACGAUCUGCAUUCGGCACAACAAGGUUAAUUCAAUAACCUUAGACUCAUGGUCAAGCGUGAACACAAAAAAAUUAAGUAGUGCUGCACCCAGUGACAGAACCAGUUUAAACUCGUAUCACUCAAAUUAGGAGCAAAAUCACAGCUCAAAUACGACCUAUCUACCGAAAGUAGGCCAUCAAGGCGCUCGGGACAAGCAGAGACGUGAAACUUGGGGUGCGACUUUCAAAAAGUGUCAGUCGUGCGUUGGAUUAAAAACCAAUUGACCAAAGUUCAUAACACUAAUAAUUCACGCUGAAAUAGUUCAGAUUUAACCGGAGGUCUCUGCGUUAACUGCCUGUUGUUGUGCAGCAAAUGUCGUUGCAACAAUUGGGCAACCUUUUCCUGGUCCAUUCAAGUUCUGGAGUGUUAUGGAUGCAGCGGUAAGCCGUGCACUUUGUGACGCCGUGCUAUUAUCCGUAGGGAAAGUCAAGUGGACAGUAGGAUUUAGCACAGCGUAACCGGCACGAAUGUUUGCUGUCAAGUUCUAGAUAUAGUUCGUCUGAUCAGGUGGACAUUGACACGGAAUCAGGAUGGGUUUUCCACUGGUGUCG